AUGGCUGAGGAUUGUGGAAUCAAAGAUAGAGAAGACUUCAAAUCAGUUCUCUGGUUUUUACAUCACAGAAUAUUAAGGACUGAAGUUUGCAAAAUCAUUACUGAGCAAUUUCAUACCGACUGGGAAUCUCUUGGACUUGAACUGGGUCUCUAUUAUCCAACAUUAGAAGCUAUUAAAAUCGAAGAAAAGGAGCAAGCUUCUUCGUUUCUUGAAGAGAAAGACAAGUUGAAAUCACAACUAUCAACUACUUCUGCCUCAUGUAAAAAGAUGACAAAGAACAUGAAAAUGUCUCUGCCCUUAAAGACACAACUUACUUCCCUUCAACUUGAGUGCACUAGGGCCAAAGAAAAACCUAAGAAUAUUGAAGAAAAACACAGUCAAACAACUUUUGCAUGUAUAAAGGAGAGACAUGACAAUAAACCAUAUUCCUUAUUUGGAACACUGACAUUGACUUAUGUUGGUGCCAUGGUCUCCAGUAAUGCUGCUCUGGCCUAUAGUUAUCCAACACAGGUAUUAGGGAAGUCCUACAAACAUCCAGUCUUAAUUCUAGGAGUACUCCUCGGUAAAAGAUCGUACCCUCUAGUGAAGUACAUUUGUAUCUUAACAAUGGUAAUAGGAGUGGCUUUAUUCUUAUACAAAGACCCUCCUAAUCAUCAAAAACAUGUUAUAGAUGACAACUCAUCUCUAAACUCUUUUAAACUCUUUGAUACGAUAGGCAUUGGAGAAUUACUAGUAUUUCUUUCACUUACAUUGGAUGGUCUUACUGGUGUGAUUCACAAACUGAGACAUGGACAUGAGACAACAGCUCUUCAAAUGAUUAUAACUAGUGGUAUCGGUCAAAUCUUUAUAUUUACAACAAUCACUGUCUUUGGUCCAUUGACUUGUGCUGUCAUCACACAACUCGUAAAUUUUUUACAAUUUUUAGCAUCUGUUGUUAUAUUUGGUAAUGCAUUUACUACCAGACAGUGGAUAGCUGUUGUUCUAGUGUUUGUUGCAUUAGGAGUUGAUGCUUAUUGUA